AUGUCCUUCCAUCAGGAUCGUGGAGGUCCCAGGGGGGGGAUGCCCCCAGGCCAGCAUAGCUCCCCUCAAAACUAUCGACCCACCAACCUGAGGCCCCCCCCUCCUCAGCCUCCAGUUCCACCGUACCACUAUGACCCACAGGCUUCUGCCAGUUCAGGUUACCAUGGAAACAACAGCUACAUGCCACCACACUCUGAUUUCAUGCAAUACCCCCCUCCAGCACCCUCCCAGUCUCCCGGUUCCCUUAACCCAUGCCCAGUGCGCCCGCCUUUCCCCAAGCCCCCGGUCCGACAGGGCUUCCCUGAACCUCCACCCAACUUCCCACCUCCUCCUUUACCCAAUUCUGCAGGUGGUGGUCCCGCACCAGGGUCACAAGUACCUGCUCAAAAUGCGUACCAUCCCUACAUGAUGCCCCCUGUUCCCCCGCCACCACUACCACACCCAUCUAUGCCUCCACCUAUGGCGUCUCAGUCCAUGAGCUACCACCCUCCUUACUCUAUGAACUACCCCCACCCUCCUCACCCUCCUUUCCCUCCUCCCCCCUUCAACCCUGGCUACACCCAGAACCCCAACUCGCUCAAACCAGACCACAGUUUCAGGCAUGGCGGUCAGUACAAGUACGAGAAGCCUCUGGACAGCAGGAGGUCUCCCGAAAGAGGCUACCGCCAUGAUGACCACCGGCAGAAGAGCUAUGGCUACGGUAGCCACGGUGACAGGCAUAAAAUGGAAUUUCCUGGAGAGAGGAAGGAGCGAGGGAGGAGUCCAGACAGACGGGGCAGACCAGACGGUGGGCGGUACAGGUCUGAAUACGACAGAGGCCGAACUCCACCGAGGCACAGGAGCAGAGAACGCAGCAGGGAGAGGUAUCGUCACAGAGAGAGUCGGAGAUCACAGUCGCCCGACCGACACAGAAAGAGGCCACGGAGCCGGUCCACAAGUCGUGACAGGAAACGUGGCCGAUGGGAAGAUGAGAGGGAGCGGAGGUCAGAGGGUUCAUCAAGCGUCAGCAGGGAGCGGAGCUACUCGUCCGUCAGAAGUCGAGACCCCGAGGAGGCCUUUGCGGACCGGGACCGAGAACGGGACCGAGAUCGGGAGAGGGAGAAAGAGAAGGAGAAGGGUGAUGAUGAGAAAGAGGAGGAAGAACUGCUGAAACCGGCCUGGAUCCGCUGCACACAUGCUGAGAACUACUACUCCAACGACCCCAUGGACCAAGUGGGAGACUCUACUGUCGUGGGGACGAGUAAACUGCGAGAUUUGUAUGAGCGCUUCGAGGAAGAGCUGGGGAAGAGACAGGAGCGAGCCAAAGAUGCCCGACCGAAGUGGGAGCCCCCCAAGACCAAACUGGAUGAGGAUCCAGAUGACAGCAGCAGUGAGUCAGACUGUGACUCAGACGGCGAAGGAAGCACCUGCUCCAGCAGCUCCGACUCAGAAGUGUUUGAUGUGAUAGCAGAGAUCAAGAGGAAGAAAGCCCACCCCGACCGGCUGCAUGAGGAGCUGUGGUACAACGACCCCGGACAGAUGAAUGAUGGUCCCCUGUGUAAGUGCAGUGCCAAGGCCAGACGUACAGGGAUCCGCCACAGCAUCUACCCAGGGGAGGAGCCAGUGAAACAGUGUCGUUUGAUGAACAACAACGCAGGAAAGCUGUUCCACUACAGGAUUACAGUGUCUCCUCCCACCAACUUCUUGACUGACAGGCCAACGGUGAUCGAGUACGACGACCACGAGUAUCUGUUCGAAGGCUUCUCCCUUUUCUCCCACACUCCCCUCACAAACAUUCCAUUGUGCCGUGUGAUCCGCUUCAACAUAGAUUACACCAUUCACUUCAUAGAGGAGAUGACACCGGAGAACUACUGCGUACAAGGUCUGGAGCUGUUCGCCUCCUACCUGUUCCAGGAUAUUCUCGAACUGUAUGAUUGGAACCUGGCAGGUCCUGAGGUUGAAGACGACGCCUCUGGGUGCCAGCGGUUCCAUUUCAUGCCCCGUUUUGUCCGUUUUUUGCCUGAUGGUGGGAAGGAGGUGUUGUCCAUGCAUCAGGUGCUGCUCUACCUGCUGCGUAGUAGCAAACCCCUCGUCCCUGAGGAGGAGAUCGCAGACAUGCUGCAGUGGGAGGAGCUGGAGUGGCAGAAAUAUGCAGAGGAGUGCAAGGGCAUGAUCGUCACCAACCCGGGCAUGAAACCGAGCUCGGUACGAAUCGACCAACUUGACAGGGAGCAGUUCAACCCGGAGGUCAUCACCUUCCCCAUCAUUGUUCAUUUUGGGAUCCGGCCCGCCCAGCUCAGCUACGCCGGAGACCCUCAAUACCAGAAGCUGUGGAAGAGCUACGUGAAACUACGCCACCUGCUGGCCAACAGCCCCAAGGUCAAGCAGAUUGACAAGCAGAAGCUGACUCAGAGAGAGGAAGCUCUUCAGAAGAUCCGUCAGAAGAACACCAUGCGCCGUGAGGUGACAGUGGAGCUCAGCAGUCAGGGCUUCUGGAAGACUGGUAUCCGCUCCGAUGUCUGUCAGCAUGCCAUGAUGCUGCCUGUUCUCACCCAUCAUAUCCGGUACCACCAGUGUCUGAUGCACCUGGAUAAGCUUAUUGGCUAUGUCUUCAAGGAGCGCUGCCUCCUUCAGCUGGCCAUGACUCACCCCAGUCACCACCUCAACUUCGGCAUGAAUCCGGAUCACGCCCGUAACUCUCUCUCCAACUGCGGCAUCCGACAACCUAAGUACGGGGAUAGAAAAGUGCACCACAUGUACAUGAGGAAAAAAGGAAUCAACACAUUGAUUAACAUCAUGUCUCGCCUGGGCCAGGAUGACCCCUCGCCUUCCAGGAUCAAUCACAAUGAGCGACUGGAGUUCCUGGGUGAUGCCGUCGUCGAGUUCCUCACCAGUGUCCACUUAUAUUACCUGUUCCCCAGCUUAGAGGAGGGCGGCCUGGCCACCUACAGAACAGCCAUCGUACAGAACCAGCAUUUAGCCAUGCUCGCCAAGAAACUGGAGUUAGAUCGCUUCAUGCUCUACGCUCACGGACCUGAUCUGUGCCGCGAGUCGGACCUGCGACACGCCAUGGCCAACUGCUUUGAGGCUCUUAUCGGUGCCGUGUACUUGGAGGGGGGAUUAGAAGAGGCCCGGCAGCUCUUUGGUAGACUACUUUUCAACACCGAGGACCUUCGGGAGGUCUGGCUCAACUACCCACUACACCCCCUGCAGGUCCAGGAGCCGCAGACUGACAGGCAGCUGAUUGAGACAUCUCCAGUCCUCCAAAAACUGACCAGCUUUGAGGAGACUAUCGGAGUUUUGUUCACACAUGUGCGUCUUCUCGCCAGAGCUUUCACCUUGAGGACUGUGGGCUUCAAUCACCUCACCCUGGGCCACAACCAGCGCAUGGAGUUCCUGGGAGACUCGAUAAUGCAGCUAGUAGCCACAGAGUACCUCUUCAUCCACUUCCCUGACCACCAUGAAGGACAUUUAACACUUCUUCGCAGUUCGCUGGUCAACAACCGCACGCAGGCCAAAGUGGCCGAGGAGCUGGGCAUGCAGGAAUUCGCCAUCACCAACGACAAAACCAAGCGACCCGUCGCCUUACGGACCAAGACUCUGGCUGACCUUUUAGAGUCUUUCAUCGCAGCCCUCUACAUUGAUAAAGAUCUGGAGUUUGUGCACACCUUCAUGAACGUCUGCUUUUUCCCCCGGUUGAAGGAGUUCAUUCUGAACCAGGACUGGAAUGACCCCAAGUCUCAGCUGCAGCAGUGCUGUUUGACCCUGAGAACGGAGGGCAAAGAGCCCGAUAUCCCACUGUACAAGACCCUGCAGACAGUGGGGCCAUCACACGCCCGAACCUACACCGUGGCCGUGUAUUUCAAAGGGGAGCGAAUCGGCUGUGGCAAAGGCCCAAGCAUCCAACAGGCGGAAAUGGGAGCUGCGAUGGAUGCGCUCGAGAAAUAUAACUUCCCACAGAUGGCUCAUCAGAAGCGCUUCAUCGAGCGGAAAUACAGACAGGAGCUGAAGGAGAUGAGACGAGAGCGCGAGCGGCAGGAGAAGGAGACUGACGAGGCCGACGAAUCCAGGAAGUGACAGCGCGUUUUUUUUUUUGUUUUUUUUUUUUUUUCCCGGGCCAAUCGGACCGCGCGUCCACGCCGAGGAACCUGUCUGCAGACGCACCAGCCAAUCGGGAGGAAACAAAGAUGGAUCGCACGGAGUUGGGAUGAUUGACUGCUUGUUAAGUUGUCCACGAACACUAGUGGGACACUGGGGAACACACGUGACCUUUAACCUGCAGAUUUGAGGGUUAGAUUUGUUUUCAUCCACCAUUUCUACCGCUGUAAU